UGAAUAGGAAAGUGAGUAUGGGAUCUCGUAGUUGCCUCUGAGGUGAGAACAGAACUGGCUGCUGCCAUGCUGGGAGAGGACACGCAAGCCCUGGUGCGCCGCUUCUAUGCCUUGCAGAGCGAACGGGUGGAAGCCUAUCGCCUUUUUGAAGAGGGUCACCAGGCCUACCUCCGGAGUGGUCCGGAUUACGACUUCCCACAGUACCGGCAGCUGGUCCAUGAGAUCACAGCAGCCUUCACCGGGAUCUCCCAGGAGAUCCUGGGAAUCAAGGCCCAACUGGAGGGGCCUCAUGGGCGGAGGGACCUGGCCCGGCAUCUGACCCGCAUCCAGGAGCAAGAGAGUGAGAAGCUGCAACUGACAGCGCAGCUCCAACUGGCCAAGCAGAACGCUCAGGACCACCCUGAAGUGGAGACCCACACUCAAGAGGUCCGGGGGCUGAAACACAAGCUAAUUCAAACCAUCGAGGCAAUCAGCGAAACGCUCCAGGACUUCAAGUACGAUUCGGAAGAGAGCGGCUGACGGGACGCGGGUUGAAGACGGGGACGGCCUUCCAGGUGCCACCUAUAACUGGUCUAGACUGGAACUAAACUGGGAGGGGUUCAUGUCAUCAUCAUUCCCCUUUCCUUGGCUGAACGAUUCCCUCUGUUUUUCCAUCAAUAAAAAAGUAAAAAACUUG